AGGGCCUCGUGCUUGAUGUGUACGGCACUUUUCGCUCCACUUUUCACAGCAAAAAGUAGAUUAUGGAGUCGAUCUCCAGCGUGAGAGGAGAGAGGGGCGACCGCACCUGAGCUACACAAAGCGAAUGCCGCAUCAGCCUCUGGCUGUGCCAGCCGCGCUGCGGGAAUGGAUACAGGCAAUUUCCUGGCGGGCAUUUGCUUUUUCCUGCUGUCGCUCAAUGGGUUUAUCUCUUCCUCACCGGCAACCAGCUUUUGUCCCGACCGCUGUGAGUGUCAGCACCCGCAGCACCUCAUGUGCACCAACCGCGGCUUGCGAACUGUGCCCAAACCCGCCGCGCGUGUGCCCGAGGACGCGCUGAUCUUCAGCCUUGGGGGUAACUUUAUUACCAACAUCUCUGCCUUCGAUUUCACACGGUACAGUAACCUCAUGCGGUUGAAUUUACAGUACAAUCAAAUACAAACCAUUCACCCCAAAGCAUUUGAGAAGCUCUCCAAUUUGGAAGAGCUGUACUUGGGACAUAAUCUUUUAUCAAAUAUUCCCACUGGGACGUUACAGCCCCUGAAGAAAUUAACUAUUCUCUAUGGAAAUAAUAAUGACAUUCAGAAAAUCACUCCGGAGCUCCUUGCCAACUUGGAUAACCUUGUUAAAUUGCGUCUGGACGGCAACUCAAUAGAAAUAUUGCAGGAGUCUGUUUUUAAAAGUUUGACCGGUCUACAUUAUCUCCAUCUGGAAUCCAACAAACUGCAGCAUAUUCACAGAAACGCCUUCUCUAAACUCACCAACCUGCGCUUUCUAAACCUGGCGCACAACAAGCAGUCAGUCGUGCGCAACGCCCUCACUUUUUCCCAACUCAAAGCUCUGACGACUUUGCUGCUGUCUGAAAAUGAAAUCCAGUUCGUCGGAAACCACGUCUUCCAAAAUCUGAAAAGGCUGUCUAAACUGUCCCUCAGUAACAACAGAAUCUCUCGCCUGGACAGCGGGGCCCUGAAGGGGCUGUCGAGCCUCAGAGAGCUUCUGAUUGACGGUAACGAGCUGGAGGAGAUCCCCGCCGGUCUCCUCGACUCCCUGGAGCGCAUCGAGGAGCUGGACUUCAGUCGCAACCGGAUUUCAAACGUGGACUCUUUAGCCUUUUCGCAGCUUAAACAUUUGAGGGUCCUGAAGCUGAAGAACAACAUGCUCACCAGUCUGUCCGGGGACAUUUUUGCCCUCAACAAAGUGCUUUACGACCUGGAUCUCCAUGGCAACAACUGGACCUGUGACUGUCGCCUGGAGGAGCUGAAAAGAUGGAUGACUGCUGCGCAUUCUCAGGGCAAAUUGUUGACUGUUUUUGUGCAGUGUCAUCACCCAGCAACUCUGAGGGGGAAGUAUCUGGACUAUGUGAACAGCUCACAGCUGCAACCCCUUGGAAACUGGACCCACUUGUGUAGGAGUCAAGGUGGGCCUGAGGAAAGCCGGGGAGGGGGUGUGUUGGUAAAGGUGGAGGGGAAAGCGAUGGGAAUGGCAGAUGCAAUAAAGCAGGAGGAGAGAGGUGAAGAAGGCCAGGUGGAGGAGACAGAAGGUAUAGAUUUGAGACAGGGGGUCACGGAUGGGGUGAUAAUGAGGAAUGAGGGAGAGAAAAGGAAGAGAGAGGGACAGGAGGCAGUGGGAAUUCAGGGAGACCAAGGGGGUCUAGAGGUGGCAGAACACUCGUCUUUAUUGGAAAGAAAGAAACCAAAGAAAGAGUCUCAGAGCCCAAGGUCACGACCUGCUGCAGAGGCAGCUGGAAAACAUGCCAAAGGGAGACAAAGGUCAAAUGUAAUUUCCAGAACUGUUCCACCAGCUAUUUCCACACCAAGUCACGCUGGACACCAGGGCAGGAACGCCACUGAGCCAAACACAGGGCUCACCACCACUUCUCCGGACCAGUCAGGAGAAAAGUUUGAUCUUCUGAGGUCAGAUCAGGAGGAGGCUCUACCAGUUAUCACCGAUCCUUGUGUGUUCAACCGCCAUUUCAUCACUAAUGUUUCUGUGAGUCAAGUGACAUCUAGUGCUGUCACCGUCAACUGGGCCACCAGACAUCAUCACCAAUACACACCAGGACCUGGGCCAGGCCUAGAUGAAGUCCACUACCGGAUUCUGUUUGACCGGUUUGGCACUCCAGAUCGUUUCCCCCGCUAUGUUUACAGUCGUGGCACAGCUCGCUCUGUAACCCUUCGAGAACUCAGCUCAGAUGUCACCUACGUGGUGUGCGUGGAGGGAGUAGUCGGAGGGUCUGUGUGUCAGGUUGCACCCCGUGACCACUGUGCAGGGCUGGUCACUCUUCCGGAGGGGUUCAGCCGCAGAGGCAUGCUGACCUCUGACCUCCAGCUGGUGACGGUGGCCACGCUGGCCGGAAACGCCGUGCUGCUGCUUGUCAUUGGCGGAGUCUGGCUGGGGCGGAGCCUGAAGAGGAGGUUGCAGAGGAGGAAGUCGGCCGUGCACGUUCGGCACAUGUACUCCACCAGACGACAGUUUCGUCCCACCAUGGCGACGGCCUCGGUGUCCACUGAUUUCACCAGCUACCAAAGCAGUCGGCCAGCAAGACUCGCACCACUAGAAGAAGGGAACCUCAUUGAGUUCCCCUGUGACCGCUUUCUGGACAGCAGCAGUCUUCGCAGAGACAGUGACAUGCAGAGAUUCUCUGACUAGAGCCAACAGGAGGAUAUGUUAUUUGGUAUGUGCUGCGAUCUCUGCUCUAUUUAGAAUAAAGAAAAUGCACACUGCAGUGUCACAUUAAAAACAUGGGUGUGUUUGUGGCUGUGAACAAACCAAGUCAUUUCAUCCCCAAGAAAACUUUUAAAGUCACAAGAGACCAGCUGAGCUCAUCAGUGCCUUUUCAGACACCAAAGGAAGUCCGGUCCCUUUGACUUCCUCUUCCUGCUUUGCGCCUUUACUCUUUCAUUUCCUUGCACCUGUGAGUGCUUCUAACUGUGAUUUGUUGUGAUUGCAAGUGUACACUCAUGAAUGAUUCAUCACUGAUUUCAACUACGGUGCUAAUAUUGAGUUCACAGACAUCAUAUUGUCUCAUAUUUGUACAGUGUGUAAUGAUGGCUACUGGUUGGCAGGAAAAAAAACAUUUGUUUUGUAUCACAUCUAUCAUGUUUUUAUACUUAUAUAUAUAAUUUUGCAUUACAUGAAGAAGUAAAGUCCCCCAAAAUGUGA